AUGGAGGAAGCUAGAGCUUAUGGAAGGUUGGAUGUCAGUGAUGUUGCUAUUCCUGAUCUGAUUGCAAAUUCAGAUAGCGUGACAUCGGAGGAGGAGAAGAAGAAAAACGACAACGAGAAGAGAAUGAACAGUAGUGUAAAGAAAGAGCCCGAGAAUAAGAAGAGGGACUUGGAUACUGUAUAUAUGACUGAUCUGGUUGAAUAUCACGGCAAACGGAGGAUGAAUUGCAUUGAAAAAGACUGUCUUGAUCAAUUGCAAAUGGAUAAGAAUCUUACUACACAGUGUGUGAGUAGGAUGAUCGAGAAAAACAAGAAUUUUUUCCUUGAAUGCAAAGAAGAAGAAAAGAAAGCGAAGAAGCGUGCACAAGAGCAAGAGCACAUGUUUUUAGAAUUCCAGGAGAAGAUGAAAAAUGAAUCUGAGAUUAACAAAAAGGAACUUUAUUCCUGGAGCAACGACCUAAUCGAUCGUGAGGCUUUUUAUGAACGCAUGAAGAAAAAAUUUAAUGAUGAGAAGCAAAAGAUCAACACACUAUCAAGGAAGUUACUUGAAAUGAAAUCCUUGAGGCGGAAGAAGUCUGACAAGAAUCCCUUGAGUGUUGAAGAUGAUAAGAAGAGACAAGAGGAAUAUGCUAAAAAUCUUCAACUGGGAAAGGAGGAUUCCAAACAGAUGCUAAAUAUGGUAAUUGAAGAUCUUAGAGCAAAAGUGCAGGGGGUGAAUAAUCUUGGAAAUGAAAGUGAGGCCUUAAAAAACAAGAUUAAAGAGUUGAAUGAGGAACUUCUACAGAAGCAAAUUGAGAUUACUGAAAUAGAGGAACUAAAUCAAGCCCUUUUGAUCAAAGAAAGAAUGAGCAAUGACGAACUGCAGGAAACUCGUAAAGAGUUGAUUAAGGGUCUUCAAGAGUUAAGGGGUAAUCAGACUCAAAUUGGAAUCAAAAGAAUGGGAGAGAUUGAUAUAAAGCCCUUCCAAAUUGCUUGCAGAAGUAAAUUUCCAUCUGAAGAAGUAGAAAUGAAAGUUGCAGAGCUAUAUACCUUAUGGCAAGAAAAGAUGAAAAACCCCGAAUGGCAUCCAUUUAAAGUCAUUAUGAAUGCUGACGGAGGACAUCAGCAAAAUAUUGAUGAAGAUGAUGAACAACUCAAUGGUUUAAAGGAAGAAUAUGGAGUUGAGGUGUACGAAGCAGUUGUCGUAGCAUUAAAAGAAACGAAUGAAUACAACCCUAGUGGUGGUUAUGUAAUUCCUGAACUUUGGAACUAUAAGGAGAAUAAAAAAGCUAAGUUGAAGGAUGUUGUUGCGUACAACCACAGGAGAAUGAAAGAUUUGAAACGCAGACAAAGGAGGUGA